UCAGAAAAAAAAAAAAAAUCAAGAUGAAACUAAAAGAACAGGUUAACUUUGCUGGGUUCGGAAGCAACUAGGUUAAGGUGAUCAGCAGCAGAUGGAGCAGGAACAACAAAACCUUGAAAGCUUCUUAACAUGGGCAGCACAACUUGGAAUAUCAGACUCAUCAGCACCCACCAACCAACCUCAACACUCUCCUUCCUCAUGUUUGGGUUCUUCUUUAUGUGUCGCUCAUUUUCCUCACUCUGGCGGGAGAGGUUUGGGUGCUGUGAGAGACCUUAGGAGAGGGGAAAUCGUUCUCAGAGUUCCGAAAUCUGCUUUAAUGACAAGAGAGAGUGUUAUGGAAGAUGAAAAGCUCUGUUUUGCUGUCAGUAGACACUCUUGUCUCUCCUCAGCUCAGGUAUUGAUCGUUUGCUUGUUGUAUGAAAUGGGUAAAGGGAAGACUUCAAGAUGGCAUCCUUACCUCAUGCAUUUGCCACACACAUAUGACAUACUAGCGAUGUUUGGUGAAUUUGAGAAACGUGCUCUCCAAGUGGAUGAAGCUGUGUGGGUCACUGAAAAAGCUAUACUAAAGGCCAAAUCGGAGUGGAAAGAAGCUCUUGCUUUGAUGGAAGAUCUCAUGUUUAGGCCCCAGUUUUUAACUUUAAAGGCUUGGGUUUGGGCUGCUGCAACGAUAUCUUCUCGAACAUUGCAUAUACCAUGGGAUGAAGCCGGAUGUUUAUGCCCUGUGGGUGACUUGUUUAAUUAUGAUGCACCUGGAGAGGAGUCAUCUGACAUUGAGGGUUUAGAACAUUUGCCAUCAAACUCUUCCAUUCACGAUCCAAACUUAUUAAAUGGAGGCAACAAUAUAAUGGUAGAUGCAGAACAAUUUGAUUCUCAUUCUCAAAGAUUAACUGAUGGUGGGUUUGAGGAAGAUGGUAAUGCAUAUUGCUUCUAUGCUAGAGCACAUUACAAGAAAGGCGAUCAGGUUCUAUUAUGCUAUGGAACUUACACAAAUUUGGAGCUUCUUGAACACUACGGCUUUCUCCUGCAGGAAAAUCCAAAUGACAAGGUUUUUAUCCCUUUGGAACCAGCUAUAUAUUUUUCCACUUCAUGGCCUAUGGAAUCACUCUAUAUCCAUCAUAAUGGGAAGCCUUCGUUUGCACUACUUGCUGCAUUGCGGUUGUGGGCAACCCCUCAAAGCAAAAGGAAGUCUGUCGGACAUCUUGUGUAUUCUGGUUCCCAGCUGUCAGCAGACAAUGAAAUUUUCAUCACGAAAUGGCUGUCCAAAAUUUGUGCGACUGUGUUAAAAAAUCUGCCGACAUCUAUUGAUGAAGACACCUUGCUCUUGAAUGCAAUGCACAGUAGCCAAGAUUUGUUCACUUUCAUGGAGAUCACAAAACCUAUGUCUUCCAGGGAUGAGAUCUAUACCUUCUUAGAUGCACAUGAUAUGAAAGAUGCACAUAGUUUCACUGGCGUAAUAUUAUCUAGAAAAGCAAGAAGGUCCAUGGAUAGGUGGAAAUUAGCCGUCCAAUGGAGACUGAAGUAUAAGAAAGUCCUUUCUGAUUGUAUCUCUUGUUGCAAUGAAAUACUAGAUUCUUUCAUAAAAUAAUGCUUUGUUAUACUGGUUACGGUAUAUUUAAGGUUUUUCUUUGCUGUUUAUCCUUCUUCAGAUGAUAGUUUCUUAUUGAUUGAAAGAAGGAAGAGAAAGAACAUUAUUUUACCGGAAAUAGGAAAGCAAACCUUGUGCAACAACAGUAAUUUGAAGCUUUUGCAGAUGCCUGCUAUCAUUAUAUGAAUGAUUUCAGAAGAGUAUUUAGAUGUUUGGCAGACUAUUUUUUUACUGGUUUUCUGUUCUGACAUUCAAUUUCUGAUGCGAAGAGAUGUUGACGAAAUUCUGAUAUUGCAUAUACAAGGAAGGCACUACAAGUUAUUACG